GAGGCGGCCAGGGUGCGGCUGCGCAGGGCGCCAGAGCAGGCCGAGUGCGCCGCCGGCGUAGAGCGCCGGCUCGCGUACUAGGCUCCGCGACGCAGAUAGCGCAGGUGGCUUUGGAGAAUACACGACUGGGUGCAGCCGGGGUUUGGUACCGAGCGGAGAGGAGAUGCACACGGCACUCGAGUGUGAGGAAAAGUAGAAAUGAAGGUGCAUAUACACACAAAAUUUUGCCUCAUCUGUUUGCUGACAUUUAUUUUCCAUCAUUGCAACCACUGCCAUGAAGACCAUGACCAUGGCCCUGAGGAGCUCCACAGACAUCAUCGUGGGAUGACAGAGUCAGAGUCAAGCAAGUUUUCAGUGCAGGAUGCUGAAAAUGAAAAAAAGUACUAUAUUGAAAAACUUUUUGACCGUUACGGUGAAAAUGGAAGAUUAUCAUUUUUUGGUCUGGAGAAACUUUUAACAAACUUGGGCCUUGGAGAGAUCAAAGUCGUUGAGAUUAAUCAUGAGGACCUUGGCCAUGAUCAUGUUUCUCACUUAGACAUUCUGGCAGUUCAAGAGGGAAAGCAUUUCCAUUCGCAUAACCACCAGCAUUUUCACGAUCAUUUAAAUGCAGAAAACCAUACUACAACCAGUAUAACAUCAAAAAGAAACCACAAAUGUGAUCCAGAGAAAGAGGCGGCUGAAGUGCCCAUCAAAUCCGAUGAUAAACACCUGCAUGACCGCAAUCACCGCUUCCAUCAUCGGCAUCGCUUGCGUCAUCACCUGAAUCAUAACACAACUCGUCGGGCUCAUAAUGACUCCAUUGCUCACAGCGAACAUGGGGAGCCCGGUCACGGCCCUUCAACAGAGACCAAUAAAACACAAGAACAAUCUGAAGUGAAGUCAGGGAAGGUCAGGAGGAAGGAAAAAGGAAAGAGGAAGAAAGAAAACUCUGAGGUUAACACACCAGGUUUCCUCCCCAACCAUGAUGACGGUGAACAAUAUGAGCAUAAUCGGGUUCACAAACUUGACCGUGUACAUAGCCCAGGCCAUGCUCAUGGGCACCUUCCCGAGCACAGCGGUCAUGAGCUUGGCCAAGGACACCAAGAACUUGAUCCUGACAACGAAGGUGAACUCCGACAUACUAGAAAGCGAGAAGCACCACAUGUUAAAAAAAGUGCCAUUUAUUCCACUCCUAGCCACAAAGACCACAUUGAAGACGACCGUCAACAUGAAUGUUUGAAUGUCACUCAGUUGUUAAAACACUUUGGUCUUGGUCCCAACUCUCCCAUCUCACCUGAUUUAUUCACAUACCUUUGCCCUGCAUUGCUGUAUCAGAUCGACAGCAGACUUUGUAUUGAACAUUUUGACAAACUUUUAGUUGAAGAUUUAAAUAAGGAUAAAACUCUGGCUCCUGAAGAUAAGUCAAAUAUAGGAGCAUCAGCGUGGAUCUGUGGCAUCAUUUCUAUCACCGUCAUUAGUCUACUUUCCUUGCUGGGUGUGAUUUUGGUUCCCAUCAUCAACCAAGGAUGCUUCAAAUUCCUUCUCACAUUUCUUGUUGCGCUAGCUGUAGGAACAAUGAGUGGAGACGCCCUUCUGCAUCUACUGCCUCAUUCUCAGGGUGGACAUGACCAUGGCCAUCAGCAUGCGCAUGGACAUGGCCAUUCACAUGGCCAUGAAUCUAAGAAGUUCUUGGAAGAAUAUGACGCUGUGUUGAAAGGACUUGUUGCACUAGGAGGCAUUUACUUACUGUUCAUCAUCGAGCACUGCAUUCGAAUGUUUAAGCACUACAAGCAACAAAGAGGAAAGCAGAAAUGGUUUAUGAAGCAAAGCACAGAAGAAUCAACUAUUGGAAGAAAGCUUUCAGAUCAUAAGUUAAACAGUACACCAGAUGCUGACUGGCUCCAACUCAAGCCCCUUGCUGGAACAGAUGACUCGGUAGUUUCCGAAGACCGACUUAAUGAGACUGAACUGACGGAUUUAGAAGCCCAACAAGAAUCCCCUCCUAAAAAUUAUCUGGGUGUAGAGGAAGAGAAAAUCAUAGACCAUUCUCACAGUGACGGAUUGCACACCAUUCAUGAACAUGAGAUCCACGUGACCUCACAUAACCACCAUGAUGAGGACAAAGCUGUACUGAGGAAGCACAGCCACCAGUGGCACCACAGACACGCCCAUCAUUCUCACGGGCCCUGCCACUCUGGCUCAGACCUGAAGGAAACGGGAAUAGCCAAUAUAGCCUGGAUGGUGAUCAUGGGGGACGGCAUCCACAACUUCAGCGACGGCCUUGCCAUUGGGGCAGCUUUCAGUGCCGGGCUGACUGGAGGCAUCAGCACUUCCAUAGCCGUCUUCUGUCAUGAGCUGCCACAUGAAUUAGGUGAUUUUGCAGUUCUUCUAAAAGCAGGCAUGACCGUAAAGCAAGCAAUUGUGUACAAUCUGCUCUCUGCCAUGAUGGCUUACAUAGGGAUGCUCAUAGGCACCGCUGUUGGUCAGUAUGCCAACAACAUCACACUCUGGAUCUUCGCAAUUACCGCAGGCAUGUUCCUCUAUGUGGCCUUGGUGGAUAUGCUUCCAGAAAUGCUGCAUGGAGAUGGUGACCAUGAGGAGCAUGGCUUCUGUCCAGUUGGGCAGUUUAUUCUUCAGAAUUUAGGACUGCUGUUUGGAUUUGCCAUCAUGCUGGUUAUUGCCCUCUAUGAAGACAAAAUUGUGUUUGACAUCCAGUUCUGACCAUUCCCGGUUUCUUUGUUGAUUGUGAGAAUGUCCGUGCAGCUUGCUUCUGUUCCUUUACUGUAUGCACAUUGCUCAGAGAACCCAGUGGCCUGCACUAUUCACAGGUUCUAUAGAUUUGAGCCUAACCACAAGAGACUGGUGCUCAGUACUGUUUUCUCUGCAUGGAUGGGUCUUUUAAAGGUUUGUGAUAAAGUCAGAACAUGGGACUCCAUGUACCAAUAUUGAUAGACGUUUAAGACUUUAAAAAGAGAGAAUCAUAUAAAACACUAGUCUUUUUAUUAGUAGAAACUUCUGUGGCUAUGCAGAAAUAGAAAUUAAACCAAAAAAAUCAUUUAAACUUUAAAAAUAUUUUAAAUGGACUUUGAGCAGACAGGUUUGUGUGUGUGUGCUGAGAGUGACUUUAGUGCCCUCUAAUUCAGCUACAUGUGUACAUAUGGGAUUAAUAAGGAUCAACUUGACACAACUUUGAAACUGGAUAAAGUUGACUUUAGGAACUAGAGGGAAGCCCAGGCUGCACUAGAGUAUGGAUUUAGCAUUGGGAAAAGCCCUUAUUCUUGAAUCUAGAGUUACUAUUUUUGUAUAUAUUUGCAUAGUGUUCAAACUUGCAGCCUAAACUACUGAAAUUUGUGAUUGUUGUGUGAACUUCAGUUUAAUGAAAGAUUCAUAAUGGUUCUUUGCAUUCUAUACUUGGUGUUGGGUUUUCUUUUUAACUUUUUUUUAUGGGGGGGAUGAGUCAGAGCAUGUAGUCAGAUACCUUUUUCUUAACAUUACUACUCUAGAAAAUAUCAAAGAAGUGGCAUUCCAUUUCCCUAGCACUAACUAGGUUAAUUGGAAACUUUGAGUUCUGGGUGUUCACUUUACUUUACCAGCUUGGCAUUGGAACUCAGAGCACAUGCUGUGACUGGUAGUAAAAUCCAAGUCUGCCAUGCCUAUAGUCUGUAUAUAAAAUGUCGGCUAAAUGGUCACUGCACUGGUACCAUGGCUACUUUGGUACCAAGUAUAUGACUAAGCCAAAAUCACUUUUAUCAUUUUGUGCCAAGAUACACUGUUGGUGCCUGAUAUGGAAUGGUCUGUGUUUGGGUGCCUGCUCUUACACCACUGGUGCAGUGAUGUCUGAGAAGUCUCAGUCACGUUUUGUCUGAAUUGUAGGCUAGUCAUGUGCAUAUAGCUCUGUUUACAUCUCAUGCCGUUCACUCUUCACUUCUGCAGGCAAGACGCCUCAACUGCGUGCAGCUAGCUCUCUCUUAACUGCUUGGCAGCCAGAACACUCCUUGGGAAAACACCAUAAGAGCCAAACCCUGUCCAUUCCAUUUUAAAUAUUUUUAUUCAGUCCCUUUUCCAGUUCUUUUCCUUUUACUCUGAUUUUUUUUUUUUUUUUUGUAAGACAAAAACAAAAAUUUGAGACCAGCACAUGCAUCCAGGGGUUGGAGGAAAAUGUCCAGUAUUUGUUGUGGUAUAAGCAAAGGUUAUUCAGUCUUACAACAGUUGUCUCUUUCUGAGCCCUCCUUGCAGUAAGUGGUUUUGUACACACGUUUUUAGCACUGGGCAUGCCUAUGACAGUCCUUACUUCACCUCAUUGCUUGGCCCUUUGAGCAACCUUGCUAAGAGGUGCUGGUGCACUCAGUACUAUCAACUUCAAGUGACUCGGAUAUUUUGCUUUCAAAAUCAAAAUGCACUUAUGCUUCAUUUUUGAGAUUUAUUCUAAGGAGCAUUGUGCAUUCCAACAUUAAAUCUGCUUCCUUUCAAACAACAGCUGGAAUACACUCCCACUCGAAAAUGCCUCACUUAAAGCUGGUUGGUUAUGCUUACAGUAUACAAAGUUUUACAAAUGGUAUUAUCUUUAUUUGCUAGAUUUUCUUAGUCAUUUCAGAGGGCUUUAACAGUUGCUGCUAGUAUUUUGAUAGUGUUCCACCAGUAUUUAGUUUUUACAUCAUUCUGGUGUAUAGUUUCAGGUCUCACUAGACAAUCCUAAUUCCACUACAUUUCUGUUUGGCUCCAACAUUCCACUUAGCUUGACUAGUCUAAUUUUAACAUAUGCUUGUUGGAGGUCACCAAUGUUACUUGUACAAUGCUGUCACCAUGUGACAUCCAUAUGGAUUUUGGUGUAUAUCACAUUGCACUCAAUCAGCUGUGAUUAUGCUUAAAAAUACUAUAGUAACUAGAUGCAGUGUGAACCUUUUCCAUUAACAGUAAGUCAGUGGCUUAAAUGUGAUUAUGGUCCUGCAAGGUGAUACUUGCUAAAAUAUCUAAACAUUUUUUGUUGUUGUAACUGAAUCAUUUUUUUUAAAUUUAUGAAGCUGGAAGUGAUCAAAUGCUGUAUUUUUUUCAUUGUCAACAGUGGUGUGUCAUUUUAUAUAUGUUCCUAAUGCUUAUGGAACUCUCCCAAAAUAAAGUUAUCCAGAAAG